UCUAUACUCGGCUUCCCGUAAAUACCCGAGGUUCUCCGAAAGAAUUGUUAAACGGAGUUUCCUCCCUUCAGUAAACAAAGCGAUAGAAGUGUAACUGACAAGUGAACUGAUAAUGGACAAAUUUGUGACUAGAACGAGAAAACAAUGGGUGAAAUCUUCACAAGGGAAGACAAAACAGUUUAGACAAGCGACAAUUGAAUCAUUGCAGGGGGUUGUUGUGAUCGAGGAUAUCCAACGUCUCAAGAACAAGCUGAAGCUGGAGAAUCAAGCCAAGGAUGUUCUGGUAGACUGUUUGAAGGAAUUGGGGAAGAAGAUACCCCCGAGGCAUGUCAUGUUGUCAACCAAAAUAGGAAAAGUUGUCAAUCGAUUCCGCAAACAUGAAGAUAACCAAGUUGCGAGUGAAGCACGUCAGGUAUACCUGAAGUGGAGGCGUCAUUUCAAGGAUCAUCUUGACCGGCCACAAAUUGAAGUGAAAUGUGAUGCAAAGACUGAGAAAAUGAGAGCAUCAGGAAAGCGUUUCAUUGCCGACGCCCUUUCACUACAGCUGUCUCACAGUCUUCCUGAGGCAAUAGAGAGAGAGGUGUUCUUUGUCAGCAAGAGGCUGAUCAAUGUCCACUAUCGAAGGACAAUGCGCACAGUGGUUUUCACCCUCAGGAAUAAGGAAGAUGUGAAAAACAAAGUUAUAGCCAGAGAAAUGUCUGUGGAAGAAUUUGUGAAGACAUAUCAGAAAUGAUAGUGUGUGUGUGGAUGAAAGCAUGAUGACUAUCUUGUCAGAAGCAAAUUUGUGUAAAGAUGUUUGCAUGGAAUAAGUGUUCAGAGUGUGAAAAAUGUAGUGUGUGCUGUAAGGUAUUGCAAGGUUCACACAUGAUUGGUGUAGUUGAGGGUAUCACUGAUGAUGCUGGUGUAGCUGCUGGUGGUGAAAAUGUGCUCUACCUGAGAUAGACAGUUUAACAGCGUGAGAUAGUUUGAAUGAUCCAGGAGUGGAUGUUUGCUCAGGACUCACAAUUUAAACAAUUCUAUUGUGCAUUGUCUUUAAAAUUGUAUUUUAAAAAAGUUUUAUGCUGACUUUUACAAAAUGAUGAAUUUUUAAAUGUUUGUUCUUUUUAAUAAAACAUUAUACACA